GAGCACUUAUAAAGAGGCCGACAGAGCACGGAGUGGAGGAGAAUUACAAGGUGCAGGAAAACAGCAGCACUGCUUGGCUCAGCACGACCUGCUCUGCCAUGGGGAAGGACAAGCUGCCCAGCAAACCAAACAUCUUCCUUCUUCUUCUCUUCUUCCUUCCUGGAAAUACUCCUCUCAACACAGAACCGCAGUACAUGGUGCUAGUGCCCUUUCUGAUCCACACAAAUUCUCAAGAGAAAGUCUGCGUUCAGCUGACCUACCUGAACGAGUCUGUGACGCUGAGUGCCACACUCGAGUACCUAGGGGAGAACAGGAGCUUGAUUGAUGAUGUGGUGUCAGAGAAAGACAUAUUCACCUGCAUCCCUUUCUCUCUUCCAAAAUCCAAUAGCACAUCAGUGGCGUUUCUCACUGUGACGGUGACAGGGGACACACUGCACUUCAAGAGCCGCAAGUCAGUGCUGGUCAAGAAUUCCGAAAGCUUGGUCUUCGUCCAGACAGACAAACCCAUCUACAAGCCCGGACAGACAGUUCAGUUUCGGAUCGUCUCUCUGGACAAAGACUUCUACCCACUGAAUGAGAAGUUUCCCUUUGUCUACGUUGAGGAUCCCCAGAGGAACCGUGUGUACCAGUGGCAAGGGGUGGAACUAGAAACAGGCUUUACACAGCUCUCCUUCCCCCUCACCUCGGAUCCCAUCCAAGGCUUCUACAAAAUAGUUGUGCAGAAGAGCUUCUCAUCCCAUGUGGAGCACUCCUUCAACGUGGAGGAAUUCGUGCUGCCCAGGUUCGAGGUCCUGGUGAAGGUCCCAGAGAUGAUCACAAUUAAGGACAACGAGCUUCCUGUGUCUGUCUGUGGUCUGUACACCUAUGGGAAGCCUGUUCCUGGUUUGGUGAAAGUCCAAGUAUGCCGGAAAUUUUCCCAGUCUGCUUCAAGUUGUUACGGAAAAGAAACAGAAUCUGUGUGUGAAGAAUUCACUAGGCGGGCAGAUGCUCGUGGAUGUGUUUCUGGUGUGGUGAGGACCAAGGUGUUUCAGCUCCUACGCAAGGGAUAUGAGAUGAGCAUUGAGGUACAAGGCAAAAUCACAGAAGAUGGCACAGGAAUAGAGAUGACUGGAACAGGCUCCUGUGGUAUCACAUCCACCAUGAGCAAAAUCCGCUUUGACCUGUUGGACUAUAUGUACAAACCAGGGAUCCCACUCUUUGGGACGGUGAAGCUGGUCGAUGGUACUGAUGCUCCACUUGCCAAUGAAACCAUUACGAUUACUGUGGGUGGAAACAAAUACAAAGGGAAUUACACUACAGAUGAGCAGGGACAAUCCUGGUUUUCCAUAGACACUACCAGCUUCACAGAACUCUCCCUGGAAAUCCGAGCAGAUCAUAAACCUGAGCUGAACUGCUAUGACAGCGACUGGAUGACACCGUCCUAUGAGCAUACCACGCGCAGAAUAACUCGCUCUUACUCCCUCAGUAAGAGCUUCCUCAAAAUUGAGCCAAAGCCUGAGACAUUAAGUUGUGGCUCCUCAGCAGAGGUCCAGGUGCACUAUAUCUUCACACCAGAGGCCAUAGGGGACCAGAAGAAAAUUGUCAUUUAUUAUUUGGUGAUGGCCAAGGGACAAAUCGUAUUAGCUGACACCCAUGAUCUGAAUGUGAAUCCUGGAGAUGCUUACGGGACAUUUCGGUUGAGCUUCUCUGUUGAGGCAGCAAUUGCUCCCGUGGCACAGAUGCUUGUGUACACCACUUCACCCAGUGGGGAAGUCAUUGCCAGUUCACAGGAUUUCCAGGUGGAAAUGUGCCUCCCCAAUAAAGUGAGAUUGAGUUUUGCACCCAAGGAAGGUCUUCCUUCUUCCAACACACAUCUGCAACUCCACACCUCUCCAAGAUCGCUGUGUGCCCUUCGUGCAGUGGACAAGAGUGUUCUCCUUAUGAAGCCUGAAAAUGAGCUUUCUCCCAGCUCUGUGUAUAAUCUUCUCCCACUGAAGGAGAGCCAGGGUUACAGCUUCAGGGAAUACUACUUGGAAGAAGACAAUGUCAAUCCAUGUGUGUCGCUUGACAAUCUGUCAUUAAAUGGAUUUCUCUACAUACCCAUUUCUUCUGAUGGCGAAGGGGAUGCCUACGACAUUCUCAAAGAAUUGGGCUUAAAAGUCUUCACUAGCAGCAAGAUCCAUAAGCCUGAACUCUGCGAGCAUUACCCAGAACACAUGAUGGAAAGGAGUUACAGUGGUUCUAUCUCUGCAAUGAAUCUGCAUGGAGAAUUGAGUUAUAGCAUGAUGGAAGAUAUGGUUGAUGGCAAUCCGAUGGAGACUGUCCGGAAGUACUUCCCUGAGACAUGGAUCUGGGACAUAGUUUCAGUGAACUCUGAGGGAAAAGCUGAUCUAGAAGUGACCAUCCCUGACACCAUCACCGAGUGGAAAGCCAAUGCAUUCUGCACUUCAGCAGACACGGGCUUUGGCCUGUCCCCGACAGUGUCCCUCAGAGCCUUCCAGCCCUUCUUUGUCGAGCUCACCAUGCCCUACUCUGUGGUGCGUGGGGAGUCCUUCACGCUCAAAGCCACCGUUUUCAACUACCUGCCUGCCUGCAUCAGGGUCAGUGUGUCUCUGGCUGAAUCUGCUGAUUUCCUGGCUGUACCUGUGGGGAAACAGGAGGAAUCCUACUGCAUCUGUGUGAAUGAAAGAAAAACUGUUGCUUGGGCAGUAACACCAAGAUCUCUAGGGCAGGUGGAGCUCUCAGUGACCACCGAGGCCGUAGAGAACCAGCAGCCCUGUGGGAACUACAUUGUGGAGACCCCUGAGAAAGGGCGUAAGGACACGGUCAUCAGACAGCUGCUGGUGGAGCCGGAAGGGACUGAAGUGGAAACCACAUAUAACUCUGUGCUCUGUGCAUCUGAAGAGUCGGUGUCACAGACAGUCUCCUUGGCUCUCCCAGAGACUGUGGUGGAUGGCUCAGCCAGAGCAUAUUUCUCAGUGUUAGGUGACAUCAUGGGCACUGCCAUGCAGAACCUGCACCAGCUCCUCCAGAUGCCCUUUGGCUGUGGGGAGCAGAACAUGGUCCUGUUUGCACCCAACAUCUAUGUCCUGGACUAUCUGAACAAGACAGGGCAGCUGAGUGAGGAGAUCAAAUCCAAGGCCACUGGAUACUUAGUGAGCGGGUAUCAAAGGCAAUUGAAGUACAAACAUCAGGAUGGUUCUUAUAGCACAUUUGGGCCACGUUAUGGGCAAGUUGGAAAUACCUGGCUCACAGCCUUUGUCCUCAAGUCCUUUGCCCAGGCCCGGCCUCACAUCUUCAUAGAGGAGAACGGUGGUGGUGCAGGUAAAACUGGGGAAUGA